CUGGACCCGAUGGACCCGUCUUCCUACUCGGAUGCGCCGCGCGGCAAGUGGAGCACGGGGCUGGAGGGCGCGCAGCCGCACGCGGCGGACACCACCGCUGGCGGGCCGCUGUUCCAGUCGCGGCCCUACCCCUCCCCCGGCUCCGUGCUGCGCGCCAAC